GCGAAAUUCUUCGCGGGAAAAAUACCUGAGUGAGGAGAUUGUUGAGGAGUGAAGGUGAAGACUGCGGGAAGAUGGGAUGUCUGCACAGCACUGGCUGGUGGUCCCAUAAGGAGCCCAGGGAGCCUCACCAGGAACCCAAGAGUUACUCUUGGGAUAAAAAAGACAGAGUGAACCCUGCAGACUUUACAGUUGAAAACGUUAGCAAUGAAGAGGUUGGACGACUGCCCGGCACAAUCGGUGGACAACAGUUCAUUAUUCAGAAUUGUCAGGCUUCACAGAUUUACCUUUUUGAUUGCAUCAAUACCAUAACGAUUGAUGACUGCUCUGAUUGUAUUAUAUUUGUUGGACCAACAACUGGAAGCCUCUUCCUGCGUGACUGUCAAGACUGUGUCGUGAUGGCUGCUUGUGGACAGUUUCGAACACGGGAUUGCUGCAAGAUGGAAAUAUUUCUCCUUUGUCAGACACAACCUAUUAUUGAAGCUUCCACAAAAAUGAAAUUUGGAUGUUUCCAGGCAUUCUACCCACAGCUUAAAGAUCAGUUCACUGUUGCUGGCAUCAGUAUUUUCAACAAUAAUUGGGCAAAUGUGCAUGAUUUUACACCAGUUGAUGGAGAAACAAACUGGUCAUGUAUCUCCCAGGCAAAUGCAUUAUCAUCAUCAUUCAAAUUGCCAGAGGGAGAGGAAUUAAAGAGUAUUGAUUUGAACCUGAGCAGUGACUGCAGUGUUGUUCCAUAUACUUAUGGAUCACCUGUGUAUGCAACUCAAGAAGCUACCCUCAUAUUCUUCUUCUUUGAUGAAGCACAGCACCAGAGAGCAAUGGAGUUCAUUGCUUCACUCAGAGCUCAAGCUGUGGAGUGCAAGAUCCAGCACAGUCGAGAAGUGAUGAUGGAAACGGCAGAUGCCCAGAGAGUGUUUCAUACUUCAGAAUACAAGAAUGCCAUUAAUCAGGGUCCUGUAAUUGCCUUACUGUGCCUUGGUGAUGAUAUCGCAGGAGUGUGCUCAAAAAUUGCACAGCAGAUGAACGCUGCUUCAAGUAAGCAAGCUGUUUAUGUAACUUCGGAUUCAAACACCAGUAAUCAACAGAUUGAUGCUUUCUUUUCAUAUGCUUCAAUGACCAUGUCAAUGUAAGGUAAAUGUUUCUGCUGACUGUCUGUCAACUCAUUCCAGAUGUUUGAUGAGAGUACUGUAAUGCUCAUAUCAUUAUUUGCCAAUGAGGAAUUCUUUUGAGGGAUAGUGUCCUGGUUGAACUCAACAUAUAUAGGUUAACACUUGUUUUUGUCUUUGACAAAAUGAAGAAAAAAAAGUCUCAUUUAUGAAUGAAAUUCUUUUUUAAGUGUGAUUAGAAAUUUGCCAUACUACUUUUUUUUCUACUGGUAAGAAGGAUGGUCCUAGGUAGUAGGUUGGUAGACAGCAACCGCCCAGGGAGGUACUACUGUCCUGCCAAGUGAGUGUAAAACGAAAGCCUGUAAUUGUUUUACAUGAUGGUAGGAUUGCUGGUGUCCUUUUUUUUGUCUCAUGAACAUGCAAGAUUUCAGGUAUGUCUUGCUACUUCUGCUUACACUUAGGUCACACUACACAUACAUGUACAAGCACAUAUAUACACACCCCUCUGGGUUUUCUUUCUAGUUCUUAUUCUUGUUUAUUUCCUCUUAUCUCCAUGGGGAAGUGGAACAGAAUUCUUCCUCCAUAAGCCAUGCGUGUUGUAAGAGGCGACUAAAAUGCCGGGAGCAAGGGGCUGGUAACCUCUUCCCCUGUAUAUAUUACUAAAUGUAAAAGGAGAAACUUUCGUUUUUCCUUUUGGGCCACCCCGCCUCGGUGGGCCACCCCACCUCGGUGGGAUACGGCCGGUGUGUUGAAAGAAAGAAAGAAGAAGGAUGGUAUACUUAUGAAUUUUUUUAUAAAAAUAAAUGUAUGUGGCAUGUUUUAUAGAAACUAUCAAAUUUGGAAGGUAGUAGGUUGGUAGACAGCAACCACCCAGGGAAGUACUACCGUCCUGCCAGAUGACUGUGAAACAAAAACCUGUAACUGUUUUGCAUGAUGGUAGGAUUGCUGGUUUCUUUUUCUGUCUCAUAAACACGCUAAGAUAACAGGGAUAUCUUGCUACUCCUACUUACACUUUGGUCACACUUCACAGACACGCACAUGCAUAUAUAUAUAUACAUACAUCUAGGUUUUUCUCCUUUUUCUAAAUAGCUCUUGUUCUUUUUUAUUUCUUCUAUUGUCCAUGGGGAAGUGGAAAAGAAUCUUUCCUCCGUAAGCCAUGCGUGUCGUAUGAGGCGACUAAAAUGCCGGGAGCAAUGGGCUAGUAACCCCUUCUCCUGUAUACAAUUACUAAAAAAGAGAAGAAGAAAACUUUAUAAAACUGGGUUGCUUAAAUGUGCGUGGAUGUAGUGCGGAUGACAAGAAACAGAUGAUUGCUGAUGUUAUGAAUGAAAAGAAGUUGGAUGUCCUGGCCCUAAGCGAAACAAAGCUGAAGGGGGUAGGAGAGUUUCAGUGGGGGGAAAUAAAUGGGAUUAAAUCUGGAGU